AUGGCAACGGGCCCGACCAGCGCUCCCUGGUGGCGGGCGGCGGCUUCUGCACCCCCGGGACCUCUCGGGGAACCCCCCAGCCACCCCCGGGACAACCCCCAGACCCCUCGGGGACCCCCCAGCCACCCCCGGGACAACCCCCAGACCCCUCGGGGAACCCCCAACCACCCCCGGGACAACCCCCAGACCCCUCGGGGAGCCCCCAGCCACCCCCGGGACAACCCCCAGACCCCUCGGGGAACCCCCAACCACCCCCGGGACAACCCCCAGACCCCUCGGGGAGCCCCCAACCACCCCCGGGACAACCCCCAGACCCCUCGGGGAGCCCCCAGCCACCCCCGGGACAACCCCCAGACCCCUCGGGGACCCCCCAGCCACCCCCGGGACAACCCCCAGACCCCUCGGGGACCCCCCAGCCACCCCCGGGACAACCCCCAGACCCCUCGGGGACCCCCCAGCCACCCCCGGGACAACCCCCAGACCCCUCGGGGAACCCCCAGCCACCCCCGGGACAACCCCCAGACCCCUCGGGGACCCCCCAGCCACCCCCGGGACAACCCCCAGACCCCUCGGGGACCCCCCAGCCACCCCCGGGACAACCCCCAGACCCCUCGGGGAACCCCCAGCCACCCCCGGGACAACCCCCAGACCCCUCGGGGACCCCCCAGCCACCCCCGGGACAACCCCCAGACCCCUCGGGGAACCCCCAACCACCCCCGGGACAACCCCCAGACCCCUCGGGGAGCCCCCAACCACCCCCGGGACAACCCCCAGACCCCUCGGGGAACCCCCAGCCACCCCCGGGACAACCCCCAGACCCCUCGGGGACCCCCCAGCCACCCCCGGGACAACUCCCAGACCCCUCGGGGACCCCCCAGCCACCCCCGGGACAACCCCCAGACCCCUCGGGGAACCCCCAGCCACCCCCGGGACAACCCCCAGACCCCUUGGAGACCCUCCCGGGACCGUUCCAUGACCCUUCAAGACUCUUCCUGGGACGCCCACCCAGAGCCCCCCAAGACCCCUCUAGGAACCCCCGAGCCUCCCCCCGAGAUCCCUCUGGAAUGUCUCCAGGCCCCCUUCGGGAUUCUUCAAAGCUUCCCUCGGGACCUCCUUGGAGCCCCAAAGCACUCCCGGGACCACUGCGGGGUCCCCUCUGGGACGUCCCAGGGACCCUCCUGA